CAUUUCCUUCUUCCUUUCAUCUCAAUCAAUCUCACACCUGCAAAUCAAAAGAAGAUAAAAAAGUAAAAGGAAAGCUCUAAUUAUUCUCUCUUCCAUCCCAUUUUUAACUCCUCCUCCUCCUCACUUCCCCGCUUCUGUUUCUCUCUCCUGAAUUCGGCGUUCAGGAAUGGUAGAAGAUUUUGGAUGCGAAGCUCCUUCUUCUUCUUCAGUGUAUUGAUUCUGGCUGUAAUUGCGCUCGACCGUUUAUCACAUGUUGUUGCGGGAGUAUCCUUUCUAUGAUGGAGCUUAUUCCUCGUUGUCUCUCUGCUGACCUUGUUCCACUGUUAUUUUGAGGAAUCUGCUGCUUCUGCGCUCAUAGAAAGCUCUGAGCAAUGGGGAAAUCUCCAGGGAAAUGGAUCAAGACUGUUCUUUUUGGGAAGAAGACAUCCAAAUCUAGUUUUUCAAAAAAUGCUGUGAUUGAGAGAAAGGAAUCCACUGAUGUUAAGGCCCCUGGACUAUUGGCUGUGGAUCCUCCAAUCGUGGAUCUGCCACCUCAGACCACUUAUAAUGAUGGUGAAAACACAGAGUUGGAAAGGGGCGGUAAUAGUCUCAACUUAUGCAAUACAGUAUUAUUGUCUGGACAGCAAGGAUCAGAUACAGAAGCUUCCAUGGGAUUGAACUUGGUGAGCAAUGGCGAACAAGAGCAAGCUGUGAUAAAGGCACAAGCAGCUUUCAGGGGCUACUUGGCACGGAGGGCAUUUCGGGCACUGAAAGGCAUCAUAAGGCUGCAAGCACUCAUUCGUGGGCACUUGGUCAGAAGACAGGCUGUUGCUACUUUGCGUUCCAUGCAAGCAAUUGUUAAGUUUCAGGCAGUGAUUCGUGGCCGGCAAGUUAGACUUUCUGAAGCUGGAUGUGAUGUACUUAAAAUGUACAGAUCGGGAGAAUCAAAGGAACGUAAACAGUUGUUGGAUCCAGUUGUGGCAAAUACAUUUCUUAGGUCAGAGAAGCUUUCAAGAAAUUCAUUUGUUAUUAAGCUUGUUGCUUCCUGGCGUACUGUUAUGCCCCUGAGACUCCAGUAUGAUCCAAUUGACCCAAAUUCAGUUCGGAACUGGCAAGAACGGUGGUCACUAUCCCGCUUCUGGGAACCAAUCCCACGACCAAAGAGGAAUCUCAACUCAAAGCAUCAAAAAAAGCAAGCUAACAUGCAAGCUAUAGAGAGAGAAUCAGGAAGGUUCAAGAGAGGUGUCCAGAAGGUCCCUGCAUUAAAUAGUGAUGGCAAUUCAUUGCAUUCCUCUGAAUUUGAGAAAUCCAGACGCACCCAUAGGAAAGCUCUGAGCCAUCAAACAGAAUCAGUUCAAGAACCGCAGAAUGAACUUGAGAGGGUUAAACGCAAUCUGAGAAAAGUAUCUUUAGCAGCUGAAGAGGCUUUGGAAAAGUCCGAAGCUGCUACUGAUAAGCUACAGCGCAGCCUGAAAAAGGCAUCAAGCUCCCCAAUUUCGGAUGUCCCUGAACAGGGUGUUGAUAAUUCUGCAGAGAAAAUGAAUAGUCCUGUUGCAGUUUCUGAACAGCCUGUGGUGGAAACACCUCCAAAGCCAUUGGAAGUAGAUGAACCAGUUGAAAAGUUGCAUGAAGAUCAUCCUGCUGUUGAAUUACUUCAUUCAGAAGUUGGUGAAAAAGUUCUGAACAGUGAAAAUAUGAAUGAGGAGCUUAGCCCCAAGGAAGAUCAGAGCAAGGAGAACCACAGUACAAGGAGGAGAUCUUUACCUAGGAAACAGGAAUAUUCUGAGAAUGUUUCACAGAACACUCCAACCUUGCCAAGCUAUAUGGCUGCAACUGAAUCUGCAAAGGCAAAGCUUCGAGCACAAGGAUCACCAAGGCUUGGUCAAGAUGGGGCUGAAAGUGGUUUCGUUAGGCGGCAUUCUCUGCCAUCUUCAACUAAUGGAAAAUUGAGCUCAGUGUCACCUCGGGUUCAAAGGUCUGCAGUACAAGCAAAUGGCAAAGGAGGAAGUAGAUAUGAUAGGUCUCUUUUGUCCUCUAGGGACGAGAAGGUGUUCCAGCCUGGGUGGAGGAGAUGAGUGUGAUGAGACUCUACCUUACAGAGUUAAAAAGGUGAAAAACAUGACUGCUUGGUUAUAGUUUCAAAACUUCAUUCCGUGCUGCAAAAUUCUGGGCGAAACAUGAUAUCAAGCUUGAUGAAUUGUUUGAUGUAACUGUGUGUUUUUACAUGGUGGUCUUUGUAUUUUAUGUGCUCUAUUAGGGAAUGUACAGUGAUAUACCCAACAGUGGUGGUUUUGUUUGGAUUGUGUGCGCUUUCGUCCUUGUUUUCUGUUUGUUACAGAAUUGUAAGUUGUCAAAUACCCUGAAACAUGCUCCAUAAUCUGUAUCUCGCUAGAAAUCCCAUUUUCAUCUUUCCAUUUCUUCAA